ACCGGUUCCUUCCGCCAAUCCCCGCAGGCCACAGCUAGCUUUCCCGCUCGCCCCCUUUCCGUCACCAAUAUAGGUUGCCCCCAGACAGCCAGCCAAUCAGGAGCGCGGUGGCAUCUUGCCCUCGCUCUAAGGCACCUAGCGGUCGGAAUUUGGGGGAGUCAGCGGCGCCGCCUAUCUCUGGCAGCAGGCGGUGGUUUAAAGGAGGUGGCGGGAAGCCGGUGUUUGGUCGAAUUCGUCACUCUCAUGGUCGCUUGGAUUUUUCACAUUCAAAAUUAACAAAACAAAAUAAGCCAAGAUGUCUGUUGAUCCGAUGACCUAUGAGGCCCAGUUCUUUGGCUUCACACCGCAAACUUGCAUGCUUAGGAUCUACAUUGCAUUUCAAGACUACCUAUUUGAAGUGAUGCAGGCUGUUGAACAGGUUAUUCUGAAGAAGCUGGAUGGCAUCCCAGACUGUGCGAUUAGCCCAGUCCAGAUUCGUAAGUGCACGGAAAAGUUUCUUUGCUUCAUGAAAGGACGUUUUGAUACCCUUUUUGGCAAAAUGGAGCAGCUGUUUUUACAGUUGAUCUUGCGUAUUCCCCCAAACGUCUUGCUUCCAGAAGAUAAAUCUCAGGAGACGCAUCCUUAUAGUGAGGAAGAAUUCCAGCUUCUCCAAAAAGAAAUUGAACAGUUACAGGAGAAGUAUAAGACUGAAUUAUGCACUAAGCAGGCCCUUCUUGCAGAAUUAGAAGAGCAAAAAAUUGUUCAGGCCAAACUCAAACAGACAUUGUCUUUGUUUGAUGAGCUUGAAAAUGUUGGCAGAGACCAUGGGACUAGUGAUUUUAGGGAGAGCUUGGUGUUCCUGGUCCAGAACUCCAGAAAACUACAGAAUAUUAGAGACAAUGUGGAAAAGGAAGGCAAAAGACUGAAAAUAUCUUAAUGUCUAAAUAGUAAAAGGAGUUUGUCAGAAGGUGGAAUGAUAAGGGGUUUAUAUCAAUGACCAUUCUGAUCCUAGUGAACUGUGUACUUUUGGGGGGUCUCCUUUGUUCACUCUUUCUUGUAUUCCACAUCCUCCUCCUUUUUGGUCCACUCUCCUGAAGCAUCUAUGCACUACCUUGAACUGAUCUUUGAAGCAUCUGUGCUUAGCAGCCUCUAAUGGGUGGGAAGGGAUUCUUGGUUCACUAACGACUCAUUUGGGGGCAUGACUGAAGAAGUAAAGCUUUCCCUGGCCAUUCAAAGAUAUUUGUAAAAGUUGUACCUUGGUCAUGAGUCCUCUGUAACCUUGAUCCUUUUGCCUUACUCUUUGGAUGAGACCAAAUGAGAAAAAGGUUAAGUGAGCAUCUUCUUUAUUAACCAGCCACUGCGCUGCGGGACAGCCAACACAGACUGCUUGUUCUUGCCCAGUAACUUUUCUCACACAGGGACUUUAAUAACUCGUUCAAGGAAACAAGUAGCAGAAAAAACAACUAUGACCUUUAGAAAGAAGAAAGAAGUUAUUUUGUUUCUAAAAUAAAUCCUUUCCAUGAUCAAGGCCUUGGUGAGGUUAAAGAGUUUACUGUCUUGGAGCCCAGCAAUGGAAGACAUUGGACAAAAAGGAAGCAGAUUUCACUGGCAUAGAAAAGGAAGCCUGGAACAUAUCCAAUAGCAAGAUUUAUAUUAACUGACUAUUAGGUAUUUAUACCAUUUUUUUUUCAUGCUUCAGUUAGUUUUGGAAUCUGCCUUGUACCUAAUAUUUAAUUAACUUAUUUAUUCACACUCAUAAGCAUCAAAUAUUUAGUACUCUCAGUGAUAAAUUUUAGCUGUGCCUUGUGCUUAAAUUCAAUGGAGUCUAAUAUUUCCUUUUGUAACUAAUCCAUGUAAAAUGUUAGAUCACCCAAGGAAAGGGGAGAAAUAGCAAUAGUUGCUCUUAAGAUAUUACUUGCCUUCCACGUCUUCCUAAAGAACAGGAUUUGGAGUUUCUCCUUUAUAUAGAGUGUAACUUAGGGUAUUAAU